CCAGAGUUCACAUCCGGGAGACUUCGAGGAAAAAUCGCUCACCUGCAACCGAACUGGCUGUAAAUCCCGCCUCCUCAGCGUUCUCAUUGGACACGGCAUUCUUAAGUCCAGAUUACAGCUGAAGCCUUUGGACUUCUCUCCUGUCAAUCACAAAGUGCAACAAUCGACGACUCCCACCAUGUUCACUGGGACAGACCGAGAAAUGGUGAAGAUGUCCUGAGGAAUUAAUGGUACUGAGACGCGCUGUGACGUAAAUCAUGAUUUGUGAGCACCUGUGUCCAGGAUGAGUGUACCAAGGAACGGUGGUGAGAUCACAACCCUCACUCCUCCACCUUGGGCAGGCUUCAUCCCAGUCUCUCCCUGAGAAUCCUAACCUCCCUAUAAACAUGGCUGAUAAGAGGGAGCCUCCAUUUUUCAAUGAUGAUAACCUGGGGGUUGUCAACUACAAACUGCCCUUCUAUGAGACCAUGGAGCUGUUCAUCGAGACUCUGACAGGGACCUGCUUCCAGCUGCGGGUCUCACCGUUUGAGACAAUUGUCUCUGUUAAAGCCAAGAUUCAGAGACUGGAAGGUAUCCCUGUUGCUCAGCAGCAUUUAAUAUGGAACAGCUUGGAACUUGAUGAUGAGUACUGUUUAAAUGACUACAGCAUCGCAGAAGGUUGCACUCUCAAGCUGGUCCUUGCCAUGAGGGGUGGGCCUAUCAACACCAAACGAGUGACCAUUGAGAACUCAGUAAAGGAUACCUCUGACUGCUUGGAUUCUAAGAAGGAUGAGGUGUGGGAAAAGUCUCUGUCUAAUAAACAGGUCACAUUUUUGGUGUACAAAGAAGGUGACCAGCUCAAUGUCUUCCGGGUUGUGGACCGUGGAGACGGAACUCUGACGCCUGUGUCUAAGUCUCUGAGCAGUGCUUCAGUUCACAAUGUGUACGCUGAGGAAGAGGAGGAGGGCGUGAGCAUUUCCUCUGCACAGCUGACACUGGAGAACUCGAUCACAAUGAACAAGAUGAAGCUACUCAAAGCCAAGAUGGAAAAUAUGAACCUCAAUAAAAAGCCCAAGAAGUCUACCAAGUUGAGAGUGAGGCCUCCGGUUGGUCCACGUCCUUUUUGUGGCUCCCUUGGCUCUGCUCGCCACCACCGAAUGCUCCGCAUCCUUCCUCAGAUUGGCCAUACCCCUGCAACACAGCUACCUCCGAUUGGUGAUCAGCAGCAGUCUUCCUCUGAAGCUGGCCAACCUUUCACCUGUCACCCAAGUCUUGCCUCUGGUAGAGCCAUUUCCUCUCUAACAACAUCUAGCAAAUACAUCAUUCAGGAGGAGGAGCCAUGGAAUAAGCCCACCCCGAGAAAUAUUAGGCUACCUCCUAAAGUGUCCAGGUUGGAUAUGGGUGGGCCGAAGGCUAUAACAGACUGUUUGUACCCACCACUCUCUGUCCUGUCUGGUCUGGAAGCUGAAGACGAGACAGAGAUACAGAGUGACAGACUAAUGCUACCGGAAGAUGGAGUUAUGAUGGAGCCUUCCAAGCCCAUUCCGUUUAAUAACCUGCUUCCAGAGCCGCUGAGUCUGGAUGUUUCUGCUCAGCCGGAGGCCAGUCUGGACUCUUUAGGAGCAGUGAACGAGCCCCUGACUGCAACCCCACUGCUGUCCCAAGUUGUGGGCCCAGACAAUAUUAGCACAUGGUCAGUAGGCACUAAGACACUACAGUCCCAAUCUGACAGAGCUGCACUGAACUCGCUACACACUCCUCCGCAUGUGCCUCGACCUUUCACAGAUUUUACCGGGGAAGUGUCUCGCCCCUUCCUCGGCUCUAACAGAGCGCCUAUCGUUCCACCAUGCCCGACUCCGCAGACCCCUCCUCUUCACGCCAUCAGAGUGGACUCGCCAGGCAAACGGUCAGACAGAGUAUGCAAGAGUGAGGCACAGGACAUCACCAAUAUGGCCAACAACAUUUCCAAAGAGUUGUCUAGCUGUGUGAGUAACAUAGAUGAAAAACUUGCGAGGCCUUGUGACCUGGCCAGAUUUAGUGGCACAAACGCCCCCUUGCAAGCCAACAUCCAUCUGCUACAAGAGGAUCUGCUCCGGAGAAUCGUUCCCCUGCAGAGAGCAACAUACACGCCAUCAGGAAUCCUGGACCCAUUGAGUGGACCCUCCAGUUCAAUUAAGAGACUAGGCUCUCCAAAAUAUCUCCUCCCUCCUGUGAAGGCACCCCUGAGCUCAAAGAAGAAGACUUCAAAACACUGCUUCCUAUGUGGGAAGAAGACCGGGCUAGCCACCAGCUAUGAAUGCAGGUGUGGCAACAACUUCUGCUCUACGCACCGCUAUGCAGAGACCCAUAACUGCACGUACGACUACAAAAGUGCAGGACGUCGCUUCCUACAGAAGUCUAACCCCAUCAUCAGUGCACCAAAGCUGCCCAAAAUAUGAAGGCACUACAGAAGGGAAUAUGAUAUACAGUACAAGAUGAUUAUACAAAUGAAAGCAUGAUUAUCAGAACAAGAACUAAACCAGCAGUGUGCUUUUAUCACCAUUUUUGCUUAAUGACAUUUUAUUAUUAUUAUUAAUUAUUAUUUUUUUUUUCAGAAAUGUGAAUUUGUUUCUUGAUUUUUUUUUUUCUCUUUACUAUUUUGUCUUCACGCAUAGGAUGAAAAAAAUGAAACUGGUGUGGAAAUGUGGUGGAAAAGUUAUCACUACAAAUUGUUAUAUGUAUAGAAAUAUAUGGUAUAUUUCUAUUUGUUUCUCUAAAUGUAAAUGGCUUAAUGAGACAAGUCUUUGCCAGAUGCACUUUAAUAAUAAUGUCACAACUCUCUCUUCCUUUUUCUAAAUUAGUAUAUUUUAGGCCUACAGCACUCCAUCGAAAGACAUCACACUAGGUACUGAAGAUAAGAACCAUAAAAGAAUGUUUCUGUUUCACUUUGAAUACAAGUAUAAAUAAGUUGUACUUUGAGCUGUUAAACACUACUAUGCAGUAUGGCCACAUAGCAUAUUAAUAAUUGAGGGCUGAGAAGGGCUUGGUAGGCUGACAUGAACACUAAGCUGAGUUGCCAUUGUGAAGGUUUCUUUUUGUAUAUUAUUUUUUAAUUGCACACCACAUGAACAGCUGUUAAAAUGUUCAGUAUUUAUUUGGGAAUUAAUCUAAUAAACUGAAAUAUAAAUAAGAUAUAUCCUUGUUGAUUUUUGUUUCUUACAUAAGCUGCAUUAUUGUGGCUAGUAAAUGUGCUGGAUUUUUCCCGACACCAUGACCAUCACUAUAUGACUGAGAUACUGGGAGAGAAAAUACACUAUAUUGUCAAACGUUUUGGGACACCUAGCUUUACAUGGACAUGAGUUUAAUAUGGAGUUGGCCCGCCCUUUGCAACUAUAAUAGCUUCAAGUCUUCUGGGAAGGCUUUCCAUAAGGUUUAGGAGUGUGUUUCUGAGAAUUUUUGACCAUUCCACUAGAAGUGCAUUUGUGAGGUCAGGCACUGAUGUUGGACAUGAAGGCCUGGCUCACAGUUUCUGCUCUAAUUCAUCCCAGAGAUGUUCUGUUGGGUUGAGGUCAGGACUCCAGGGCAAUCCACUCAAGUUCCUCCACACCAAACUCGUUCAUCCAUGACUUUAUGGACCUUGCUUUGUGCAAUGGUGUGCAGUCAUGUUGGAACAGGAAGGGACCAUUCCCAAACUGUUCCCACAAAGUUGGGAGCAUGAACUUGUCCAAAAUGUCUUGGUAUGCUGAAGUUCCUUUCACUGGAACUAAGUGGCCAAGCCCAACCCCUGAAAAACAACACCUUAAUUCAGUGAUUUGGAGGGGUGUCCCAAAACCUUUGACAGUAUAGUGUAUUUCCUAAAGUAAAUACUUCUUUUAAAGAAUGCUUUCUUAAGCAGGAACCAGUGUGGGAACUUGUUUACAUACAUCUGCUUUGUUUUUGUCAUCUUUUUAUUACAACAGAAUUAUUCCAGUAAUAAACAACAGAAAUGAGUCACUGAAA